AUGAACGCGGGCGGAUCGUCCUCCUCCUCCUCCUCCGCCUCCGGCGAGGAAAAGGAAAAGAAGAAGGAGGGAGGAGGCUUCGACGCCGCGAAGGCGCUCGAGAACGUCUUCAGCGCGAUCCGCGAGAGCGCGAACCGCGCGGAGGUGAAGUGGGGGAUCGGCGAGAAGCUGCGAAAUCAGACGUCCGGGUUUCGAGAGUCCGUCGUCAACCUCGACGCGAAGCUCGGAGUGUCCAAGUUCGUGAAGAACGCGGCGCCGCCGCUGUGGGAAAAAGUGCAGGCCUUCCGCGCCACCCCCGCGGGGAGGGUCGCGAACUUUAUCUUCUACGCGUGGCUGUUCUUCUCCGGGUUCUUCUGGACGAUCGUCUCGCUGGGGAUCGCGGGCGCGUUUCUCGCGAAUCUGCUCUUCCCGAGCUUUUUCCAGGAGAGGGCUCGAAAGGCGCAGGCGCAGAUGGCGGAGCGCGUUCGAGCCGCGCAGGCGGCGCAGGCGGGCGGGAUGGGCGGGAUGGGAGGGAUGGGAGGGAUGGAAGGGAUGGGCGGUGCUCCGGGAGGGAUGGGCGGGAUGGGCGGGAACCCGUACGGCGGCGCGGGCGGCGACCCUUUCGCGGGGAGACGCGGCGGACCGGGCGCGGGCGGCGGCGGCGGCGGGAGGAAGAGCUACGGCAGCGGCGACGUCUUCGACGUCGACGCGGACGUCAAAGACGCGUAG